ACCGCGACACGAGUCUGACCUCACCACCAACAUGUCCAAAGAACAGAACGGAGACACAAAUGGCGCGCGUCCGGAGGCUGACUUCGCCGAGGCAAUGAAGGAGCUCCAACGCGGCGAACGGACUGCGGCUGCUUUGGAGGGUCACCUCGACUCGCUCGAGAAGAAGAUUGAAGAACUCCUGGCGCAAGCCGAGAAGGCCGAUCAAGAGCUGAAGACAGACCCUAAAGAUGCCAGCGACAAGCCUACGGACGAUACCAGCAAGAGCACGUCGUGAUGUGGAGUGGUUCACCGGUGCGGACUCGCGGUCCCAGUCGCCCGGUCCAUGGAAUACUCGCGAUAUAAUAGGCAGCUUAAGAAGCUGUAUCAUAGAUCUCUAUUCGUAAAGAUCGUCUACGAUCGGAAGCGCAAUCUCACGAGUACAACGAACGUCAUGAUCGCACAGGAUAAGAAACGGACAGUGGUGUAGAGGUGUGCUAGCAACGGGCUCAUAUGAAAGCCAAUACAAGAUGCUCUCAUUUGGUCUGCUAUGGCAGGCCUGCGUAUUGCUGUGGCGUGCAUUGGAGUAUACCACGAAACUGCUGAGACUUUUGGGUAUACGGAUCACAAUCCACCGAUAGUCGAUGGCUUUAUACCGGAGCCGUCCUUCUUAAACACCUCUUCCAGAUGGAAC